GUGCGCAGUGACGGCGGCAGGCAGCGGCGGUCAUGGCGUCCCGGUGCGUGAGGCUGGCGCGGCACAGUCUCCCGGCUUUGGUGCUGUCUCUCAGGCCCUCUCCUCGGUUGUUGUGCACAGCUACAAAACAGAAGAACAAUGGCCAGAACUUGGAAGAGGACGUGGGUCAAAAUGAACAGAAGACAGAUCCUCCCUCCACAGAAAAGAUCCUCCUGGAAGAGAAGGUCAAGUUAGAAGAGCAGCUGAAAGAGACGAUGGAAAAGUACAAACGAGCUUUGGCAGAUACUGAGAACUUGCGGCAGAGAAGCAAAAAAUUGGUGGAGGAGGCAAAAUUAUAUGGCAUUCAGGGCUUCUGCAAGGACUUAUUGGAGGUUGCAGACAUUUUGGAGAAGGCAACACAGUGUGUUCCCAAAGAAGAGAUCAAAGAUGACAACCCUCACCUGAAGAACCUCUACGAGGGGCUGGUAAUGACUGAAGUCCAGAUUCAGAAGGUGUUCACAAAGCACGGCUUACUCAAGCUGAACCCCGUUGGAGCUAAGUUUGACCCUUAUGAACACGAGGCCUUGUUCCACACGCGGGUUGAGGGGAAGGAGCCAGGCACAGUGGCGCUGGUCAGCAAGGUGGGGUACAAGCUGCACGGGCGCACCCUGAGACCUGCCCUCGUGGGGGUGGUGAAGGAGGCUUAGCUGCCUCCCGCAGGGUUUUUGUUUAUUUCAAGUCAUUUGCUAUAACUCUUGAAAGGCUGCUUCAUCUUUUCUCAUCUACGAAUACAUUUGAUCUUUUCCCAAACCUUGUUGGAAAGCUUAAGUAACCAGUGGCUAAACCAGAAAUUAAGCCAGUUGCACAGUUGUGUUAAUGAACUCUAAUUUGGGAGUCUGUUCACUGAUUUUUUUAGUGCCACAUGUUUAAUAGUCCCACGUACUUACAGAGGAGGGCCAGCGGGACACUACAGGACUUCUAGAGUACCAUGAAUAACAACAUUGUAUCUGCUCAAACUCUGGUGACAUCCAAGUAUCUUAAAUAAAAGGUCUUCAGGAAGUCUGCUGUUUGGCUACCUGUCUGCGCAUGUCCUCAGUGUCUCUUCUGCAGCUUACGGUCCCACGUGCGUUACUGGCAUAGUUAGCCUGCUACACGUUUCACUCAGGGAAGGAAAGGUGAGGGUUGAAACAUUUUUCUUGCUAAAAAAGAAUGAUGUGGUGACCUUUGUGAAGACUUAUGAGUUCAUUUAUAAAUCAGUUACUACCUAGCUGUUAACAGUGACCCGGCUUUUCUGUGGAAAUAUAAAAGGAGCAUGCAUGCUUUGACAGUUCUCACCACCUUGAGUUUGACAGAAUCAGUUCCUUUUUCCCUGUUUUGUUUCUACAAAAUGUAGAAAUGUUUAAAUCUAUAUUCAAUAGUUACUAACAACUUCAAGGUAUAUUUCCUAGUAAGAUGGAUUUUCUCAAAAUAUGAGGACUGCAUGCUUUGGAUACAGAUGCUCCUCAACUUACAGUGAGCGUUACACCUGAUAAACCUUUCACAGUUGAAAAUAUUGUAAGUUGAAGAUGCAUUUAAUAUGCCUAACCUACCAAAUAAAGCUCAGCCUAGCCUAACUCGAGUGUGCUCAGAAUACUUACAUUAGCCUACAGUUGGACAGAAUCAUCUAACACAAAGCCUGCUUUAUAAUAAAUGGUUGAACACCUCAUGUGGUUUGUUGAUGCUGUGCUGAAAGUGAAAAGCACAAUCGCCAUGUGGGUGCCUGAAGUACGGCUUCUACUGAAUGUGCAUCGCUUCUGCGCAGUGAGUCAAAAAAUCCAUAAUCUAACCAUCGUGACUCAGGGACCGUCUGUACUUUAAAUGUUAAUGUGUAAUUUUUAAAUUUUAUUUAAGAGAUUAAAGCCCUCACGUUUAUUUUCCUA